AUGGACGACGCAGUCUCGCCAAACAGCAGUGUUGGUGGCAUUCCUCUCUUCCAUGUUCACUCUCUUAUCCAUCUUGUGUUCGAACAGCUGGCCUCACUGUCGCAUUUGGCCGAAGCACACAUGGCUCGAUCAUCUCGCCUUCAUGCCCGCCUCCUCUUCACGCUGGACACACUUGACACACUCCAGAUCGCCCACGAAGAAGAACUACGGUCCCAUAUAGCAACUAACAGAGCUUUGAUGGAGGCCCUCGAGCGAUCUACGUGCUUCAUUAAAGAUCUGGAGGCCCAGAAGGACGAUCUCAAGGAUGCAGUACUACGGCUGGUGGACAGGGAUCCCAUCAAUAGUGCACUUCCUACGGUAGCUGAUGAUACUUCUCCAUUGAUCGCUUACGCGUCCAAGCUCCUCUCAUCAGUGAGAACAGCGCUCGAAGCCGAACGUCGGUCCCAUGUCGACACUCGACAAGCCUUGAUGGAAGCACGCACCAAGCUGGCAUUGCGUGAGGCGGAACUAGAGGCCUAUAUCACUCAUGUUGACCACCGACUGUCGACAAGUUCUCCUCUGUCUUCUCAGGAGAACAGGACAUCACCCCUCUCACGCCUGGAAUUAGCAGACACCAUCGAUGCGUCUCACUCCCGUAAUCGAGCGCUUCAAGAGGAAGUGGAUCACAUCAUUGUACGCUUAGAGGACGCGCGUGCCGGUGGUGCUCUCGCGCCGCAAGUACCAACAAUCUCCGAAAUACAGAAGGAAUCUGUUUCGCAUUCGUCUUUACCCCCCGGCAACGAGUUGAGCGUGGCUAAUCGCGGGGUCUAUACUCAGGAAACAAGCAAUCCUGUGGCAAGCGAGCUAAGACGAGAUGUUGAAACUUUUGCUUCGGCUGUCGAUAGCUUCUCCAAGGAGCGUCGCAUGCUGGAGCAGCUGCGACAAGAAAACGCCGCGCCGCACCUUUUCGAAGGUGCAUAUGCAGAAAAAGCACCUGAAUUGCAUCAGACGCCCGUCAGUCUCGCGCGUCGCCUUGAUGCUCUGGAGAAGGCCCAUAUUAGAGCGGAUGCUCGGAAUACCGAGCUGAAACAGCAUAUCCUUUCCUUGCGCAGUCAGCUCGACUCCGUGACGAAACUCAUUUCACGACCAGCUAAUAGCCACGAACGAGAUUUCCGGGAUUGA